UCUGCGUUGUCGUUUCUCUUCAAGAUUCGUUUGGCGUGAGCUUUCGAAAAAGGCUGCAGCAUUGUGGAUAGUGCGUCUCCAUGCCUCCCAAUGCAAGGCCAGGACAACUACAAACAAACAAAUUCACAGUAAUUUUCUGCAUCUGAAAAACAAGGAAAGAAAUAUUGCUUUCACAAUACCUGAUUAGGAUUCUUUUAAGACAGAGAAGAACAAUGUCUGAGUCUAUGCCAAAAUUGUGUCGUUCUUCCAGGAUAAAGAAACAGGCUGGAGCAGAGCCAAGCCAGCGGCCAGUGAGUUUUGAAGAUGUGGCUGUGUAUUUCACGAAGGGCCAGGGAGCCUUGCUGGGCCCAGAUCAGAGAGCGUUGUACAAAGAGGUCAUGAUGGAGAACUAUGCAAAUGUUUCUGCUUUGGACAUUCCAGUUCCCAAACCUGAACUGAUCAUGCAGCUAGAAGAAGGGAUAGAGCCAUGGGUACAAGAUUUGCAGGACUUGGAUGGAAUGGAAAACUCCAGCACCUACUCAGCAUGCCGGGGGAGGCAUCCCAGGUCGCCCCUCAACAAUCAAUCUCAUCAGAAGGAAGAGGGCAGUCCACCUCAUCACCCAGAAGUUUUGUCGAUAUUGGUUGGCAUGUCUCCGGCUCCUUUCAAGAACUGCGACGUGAGUGGAGGCAAGGUUCCAGUUCAAGACCCGCAUUCUACUUGCUUGCUGUGUCUUGCAAAAGAGCAUGACGCCAAGGCCUGUCCACUGUGUAGAUCGAUGACUUCACAGGCCAGGACAAAUCAUGAGUCUCGACUUACGUCUGCCAUUACCCAAGGGGUGAUCAAGUCCCAGGAGGGGGACCCCCGACCUGCUUCGGCUCCCGUAGUUUCUUCUUUGGCCUCUGCAACUUCUGCCCACGGCAGCCCUUCCAGUGUGGUGUCCGCACCGGUUGUAGUUGUGGCCUAUGGUUCUGAUGAACCCAGCGCUGCCAGCCAUGUGGUCCGCGGUCACAAUAGACCCAGUGCCACCACAAAACCCUCCAAGCACCCCCAUAAAUCAUCGGGGACUGAGGGUUCCUCUUCAAAGUUGACACCUGCUCGUACUGAGGCGGCUGCCUCCGAGGGUUCCAUCUCCAAGCCUUCCAAGGCUGUUGGGUCCGAGUUUCUGGCCCUUAAGACUGCCUCCACCUCCAGAGACCCCUCCAAGGCCUCCAAGAGCGCCUCCAAGCCCCCCAAGCCCUCUUUGACCAAAACCUCAGUGUCAAAGUCCUCGUCCGGCAAGAAAGACAAGAAGGAUAGCUCUAAGUCCAUGGACAAGCCUAAGUCGUCGGGGUCGACCUUGAAGCCUUCCUCGACAUCAGAGGGUCACUCCAAGUCCUCUAAGAAGAGAUAUCAGCUGGAAGUCGCAUCCGGGUCACCCCUGCCUAAGAAGUCCAAGGCAGUAGAGACACCUUUGGAACCAAGAACAGGGUCCAAGAAGGAUGGGCAUGCUUCCAGUAGCAAGAAGCCCCCUGCAGGGGAGAAGAGGGGCGACCCUGCAUUGUCUUUACACCAUCGCUCUGGUACCGACUCUUCCUCCAGAUUUUCACGGAUGACUACUGUCCCCUUUCUACAUUCAGAAGAUGAGGGCUCCAGGUCUUCCUGGCACAGAUUGCCGACUCCUGUUCCACGUUCUUCCCAUGAGGAAGCCAUCCAAGACGAUUCCAACCUCUUUUACAACUCUGAGACAGACUGUUAUUAUAUUUCCGUGUCAAGGGAGCUGGCAUUGCAACGUUUCACCUCUAUGCUUUGUGACCGCCUGAAGCUACCUGAUAGACGUAGGCCUUCGGCGACGGUAUCCAGGCCUCCCCCUUCGACCCCAACACAUCGGGCGUCAAAACAACCGACUUCGGAACUGACUUCCAUUCCAGCCCAACACCCUGAGCAGCAGCUCAUUCAAUUGGAUUCGGACUCAGAACCAGAGAUCAUUCAGUCCUCCGAAGAGCUUUCGGAUGCCAAAAUGUCCCCGCAAGGAUCGCCCCAGGAGUUGCACCACCCGGAACCAUCAUCUCCAAUGGAUGAUGUACGCUCCUUUACUGAGCUCAUAAUUAAGAUGGCGACCGCGUUGGAUAUUGAUUUGUCCUAUCCCGAAGAAGGGGCAAAGGACCCUGUAGAGCGGCAGGUUUAUGGCCGGGUCCCAACACCACCGUCGAUCCCGCUCCUUCCGUCUCUCGAGAACAUCAUCAAACGAUCAUGGGAUUCACCGGCAUCCCUAGUGGGCUCCUCUCGUAAGAUCGAGUCCCUCUAUCGAAUUUCGUCCUCCCAUUGUGCGUGGCUGACCACCCACCCUAAGCAGAACUCAGCCAUAGUAGAAGGGGCCCAACAGACCUUCACCCACAAGCAAGCCACCUCGCCUGCUGACCGAGAGGCGAAGAAAAUUGAUGGCCUUGCCAAGAAGGCAUAUUCUGCUUCGGCUCUGGCAGUGAAAGCCAUAAAUUACAAUGCUUGCAUGGGUGCAUACCUCCAAAUUUUGAUGGAGGGAAUUUCAUUGGUAAUACCUGACGUGCCUGACGACGUUCAACGGAGGCUCAUCGAGAUUAGGGACGAGGUGCAUUCAAUAGGCAGCUGGCUGAUUGCCACCUCGAGGAAUGUGGCUGAUUGCUCCGCCAGGGCCAUGGCAGCAUCAGUGGCACUCCGACGUCAUGCGUGGCUCCGGGGCUCCAAUCUACACCCCAACGUGAGGUCGGCCAUAGAGGAUAUGCCAAUGGACGAUUCGGGCCUGUUUCAUGCUGAAACUGACAAGCGCCUGAACAGGAAAUACAGGAUGAAGGCCACACCACAGAAACACGGCAUGUCCUCUACUUCCAUCUCACCGUUCAGGAAGAGACAUCGCCCUUGGCAGUCACAAGGGACUCUGGUUCGUGACGGUCGACCUGAAGGAUGCCUAUUUCCACAUAAGAAUUCGGAACUCCUACAGAUGAUUCCUCGCCUUCGCCUUCGGCUCCGACGCUUACCAUUACAACGUUCUUCCCUUCGGCAUUGCCACAGCCCUGAGGGUCUUCACCAAGUGUAUGGCUCCAGUCGUGGCAUAUCUGCAUCAGAAGGGCUACAGAGUAUUCCCUUACCUAAACGAUUGGCUCUUUGUGGCCGCCUCAGAGGAGGAGUUGUGGGAAGCAGUCGACUUCGCAUUGACUCUGCUGGCAUCCCUCAGACUUAUCGUCAACCGGGAGAAGUCUUGCUUCACCCCAUCCAGGCAGGCCAAAUUCAUCAGCGCCGUUCCCGACUCCGAAGAAUGCAUCGCCUAUCUCCCUCGGGACCGCUUCCAGACUCUUUCGUCAGCCAUUAGGGCCUGCUUAGCCCACAGAAUAGUGAGGGCCAGAGACGUCCAGGUAGACCUAGGCCACAUGGCUUCAACAACAUUUGUAACCCUGUGGGCAAGGCUUCACUUCCAUCCUUUCCAGUCAUGGUUCCUGUCAGUCUUUGAUCCAGUGGAAGACUCUCCGUCCAAAUGGCUCACCGUUCCGAGACCUGUGGCCUGUUCCCUGCAUUGGUGGCUAGACUCCCGCAACGUCUGCGUCGGCAUGCUUUUCAACCAGCCUCAGCUGCCAUUAACCCUGAUGACGGAUGCGUCCUUAGAGGGCUGGGGCGCCCACUUGCUCAAUCUGUUAGUAAAGGACAAGUGGUCUCCGGAGGAACAAGGUCUCCACAUCAUUGCUUUCGAGAUGCUUGCUGUGGAAAAGGCUUUGAGAGCAUUUGAAUCCAGUGUCACCAACAAGGUGGUCCUCUUAAGGGCGGACAAUACGACCGUCAUGUAUUAUAUCAACAAGCAAGGAGGCACCAAAUCCAGGACUUUGCUGAACAUCACCCUACAGAUUUGGGACUGGUGCAUCCCGAGAGGGAUUCUCCUCCAAGCGAUCUAUUUGCCGGGAGAGGAGAAUGAGUUGGCGGACCAGCUCAGCAGAUCUUCAGCUGUCUGCCACGAGUGUAGGCUUCACCCAGAGGCGGUCAGCGAUCUCUUUGACUGAUGGGAAACCCCUCAGACCGACCUUUUUGUGACCACCCGCAACAGCCACUGUCCCCAGUUCUGCUCCUGGGCGCACAACAAGAACUCCCUCCGAGAUGCGUUUGGUUUCAUCUGGUCAGGGGAAAUGCUCUACGCCUUCCCACCAUUCCCAAUGAUCAUCAGAGUGGUGUCCAAGAUGACAAUAAACCACUCGGAUGCAAUCCUCAUCACCCCUUGGUGGCUAAGACAGCCGUGGUUCCCGUCCCUUCUCCACCUCUCCGGGAGAGACUUCCUUCACCUCAAGUUCCGUCCCGACCUGCUCACAAUCCAGCAGGGCUGGGUCUGGCAUCCGGACAUCGAGAGUCUACCAUUGGUGGCUUGGAGGCUUCGUCCCUAGCCUUGCUGCCCAACUCGGUGCAGAUGGUGAUCCUUGCUGCUUUGAAGCCUUCGACCCAGAGGUCCUGUGCUUCCAAGUGGAGGAUGUUCCUGUCCUUUCUUGCAGAAGGAGACCUCUCCCCGAUGCAGGUGAUGACUCGGAUGGUGCUGGAGUUUUUGAUGCUGCUUAUGGACGUGGGACUGUGCCUCUAUUAAGUGCUAUCUUUCUGCUAUUUGUUCUCACUCCCAGUUUGAGGGCAAACCUUCUUUUUUCAGGGACCGUUUUGUUAAGAGUUUCCUGAGAGGCUGUGGUAAUCUCCAUCCCCCAGCCUCGGUUCCGACCCCGGCUUGGAGCCUGGAUGCGGUGUUAUGUGCCUUACAAUCCAAGCCCUUUGAGCCCAUGGCCACAUCGGACUUGAGACUAUUGAUUUGGAAGACUGCUUUCCUUGUGGCCAUCACCUCUGCCUGCCAUGUGGGUGAACUCUGUGCCUUAAGAAGGGACCAGCCUUUCCUUAGAUUCCAUAAGGACAAGGUUGUCCUCCGUACUGACAUCACCUUCUUGCCUAAGGAGGUAUCUGCUUUUCAUAUGUGUCAGGACAUUGUAUUGCCUACCCUGGCCUCAAACGCAACCACAGAGGUCGAACACAGUCUACACACCUUGGACGUUCAGAGGGCUCUGGCCUUCAAUUUGGACAGAACUGCAGGUUCGAGCCGCUCCGAGAGACUUUUCCAAUGCUACUCAGAGCCGAAGAAGGGACUGCCUGUGUCUGCACAGAGGUUUUCUAAAUGGGUGGCCAGUACCAUCCACCUCUGCUAUGAAGUCUUGGGCAGACCUCUCCCGGCCAGGGCUCGGUCCCAUGCAACUAGGGCAGUAGCAGCAUCCUCUGCAUUCUUGACUGGGGUCUCUCUGGAGGAUGUCUGUAAAGCUGCUGUUUGGUCUCAGUCAAUGACUUUUAUUAAACACUAUAGGCUGGACACAAGGGCCAAACAGGAUGCUGCCUUUGGAAGAGCAGUGUUAGUUUCAGGUUUACGUUAAGUGCACUGCUGUCAGAAAUCCCCUGCAUUCAUUUAUUCAUUUGGGGUUUCUGUCAUGAGGGUUAUAAGUUUAGGGUUUUGUUUAAAUAUUAUUAGUGGGUUUAAUGUGUAUUGGGUUAAUAAUGGAAUAUACUAGAAAGUGGUAGACUGACUGUUAGACUCUGUGCUUGCUUGUUAGGAUUGGAAUGCUAGGGAGUUACCCUGCCAGCCAGAGACAGGUCUGUGUGAUGGGAGGGGGAACUGAAACAUGAAGGGCCUAUUGCUAUUGCUUAUAUGGUGUUAUGGUAAUAUAUUCAUUGUACUUUAAUAUGCUGCUAUUAUAUUUUAGAUGCUGCUAUAUAUGUUGGGUUGUGGGAUGAUGGGAUAUAUAGUUAUGCUUGAUUAUACUUAUAGGCUGUUAAGGUUCAUUAUUACUUAGUCUAGUUGUGGGGAAUGUAUAUGCUUCAAAAUCACAGGUGCAAUGAGGAGAUAAUGCCGUGUGGGAACUUAAUUGUUUUGAGAGUUUGCCAAAGAUCCCAGACUGGAGGACAUUACAUCAUUGGGGGGGAGAUUCCUGACUGCGCGGGAAAGAAUCAUCCAAUUAAUUUACUUUAUUGCUUUAUGGGGUGGGUUUGCUUUGUGGGGCUAUAUAAACCAUAUGUUACUAUACAUCUUCAUUCCUGACAAAAAAGUCACUUCUGUUGUAUGUAUCACUUUUUUCAAUAAAGCUGUUACUUUCAAAGAACAGUCUCUUGUUGGAAGAGGGACCUGAAAACAGGAGCCUGACAACUGCAUUCCAUGUUUUCUUGACAUGUUUUACAGUUAAUGUUCUUCAUGUAUUCAGGGAAGUGUUUGUGCCAAGACUGGCCUUUCUAUAACAUUCUAUUGAUUGCUCUGCAUUCCAUGUGUAUUCUUGCCAUGAUUGCUCUGUACUCCAUGUAUAUUCUUGACAUGUUUAUGAUUCAGUGUGCUUCAUGUGCUUCUAAUGGUUUACUAAGGCCUUGCAUGACCUUAUUUAUUGUUGAUGUGCCUUACCCGGCACAGGUUAGUGCUAUUAUUGAGGAACCAAACAAUGACUGACACAGUUCCUGGUUCCAAGGAGUUUUAUUUUGGAAAAUAAACACACUCUGUUUGAACCUUA